UGAUAUCUUAUCUGCGUUAAAGCUUCUGUUGCCAUCUUCUUCUUAGUUAUAUCCUCCUCUUAUCCUGUUAAAACCAUUUUCAUGGCUUCCAAUCUUCUCAAAUUUCAUAUUCAUUCUUUUAAAAAUACAAAUCUUUCAACUUCAUUUGUGCAACACAAAAAUCUGACCUUCUUCCCCUCAAAUAAUCACCGUAACAGGCCCAAAGUUUCUUCUGUGUCCAUCUUGCUUUCUUCUUUAUCUUCCUCCACUAUCGCUCCACCUUCGUCCAAAGAAGAAGCAAUUCUACAAGCCAAGACCUGUCUCUCAAAAACCCUACAGAAGCCCCUAAAUAACCCUAAACUAGCUGGCAAACUGAAGAAACUGAAACAGCCAAGAUUCCAAGUUGAAAUCCCUGUCAUUGAUGACUCGCCAAAUUCCCUAUCCCAACUUGCCCUUGAUGUUUUUAGGGACUUACCCAUCAAAAGAAAAGGUUCUAUUGUCAAGAUUUUAAUUCUUUGGCCAAAUCCUACAUUGAAAAACAUUGCAACUGAAAUAUUUCAAUCAAAUUCAUCAAAUAAUGUUGAAAAUGUUGAAAUAUCUUCAGUUAUAAAUGGUGAUAGUAGACUUUUGGGUUCUAUUGAGAUAGCAGUGUUUUUAGCACCAGAGACUUCACAAUUAGCAGCUAUCGAAACCAUUACUGAUAAUUUAUACCCAAAGCCAGUAGUCAUACUCAACCCCAAAUGGGGUUUUGAAGAGGAGAAUGAUCUUGGUGAGUUGAGUGGAUUUGUUGAGUCUUUUGAUGUUAUAUAUUCAUUUUUGGGAUUGGAGGUUAGGGGAAUUUUGAGCAAAAGGAAAGGAGUGGUUUUUAAGUGUGUGAGAGAUGGAGUAGUGAGUGGUGAAAGAUGGAUAGUUCUUGUUGAAGAAGAAAAUGGAGAAAUGAAAGUAGUUUCAAGGUUCAAGACAAGGCCUUCAAUUGGUGAAGUUGAAAAUGUGUUGUAUAACUUGAUGGCUAUCAAUUCUCCUAUUACAAAAUCUGCUAAGUUUUUGAAAGAUUUGGUUUCAAAUGUAACUGGAAAAAAGUAAAUUGGGAUAUUAAUCUUGAUUCAUGUACAUGUUUGUUUGUCUUUGUAUAUGAAUUAAGAGUGUUUUGAGAAUCUUGUCUUUUGAUUAAUUGCCUAGUUGAAUAAUGUAGUUGCUCUAUACCAGUUAAUGCUGAAAAAUGCAUAUGAAUACAGCUAAUGUUGGAAA